GUAAAAUGUCUGCUCCAGGAUCCUACCAGGCGUCCGCUGGGCCUUCCUCGGUGCCAACGGCGCCCCCGUCAUAUGAAGAGACAGUGGGCGUUCACAGCUACUUCCCCACGCCCCCGGCCCCGGUGCCUGGGCCCACCACGGGGCUGGUGACGGGCCCGGAUGGGAAGGGCAUGAAUCCGCCUGCCUACUACACCCAGCCAGUGCCGGUCCCUAACGCCAAUGCAAUUGCCGUGCAGACGGUCUACGUCCAGCAGCCCGUCUCGUUUUUCGACCGCCCCGUCCAGAUGUGUUGUCCUUCCUGCAACAAGAUGAUCGUGACGCAGCUGUCCUAUACCGCCGGUGCCCUCACCUGGCUUUCCUGCGGGAGCCUGUGCCUGCUCGGGUGCAUAGCGGGCUGCUGCUUCAUCCCCUUUUGUGUGGACGCCCUGCAGGACGUGGAUCACUACUGUCCCAACUGCAAAGCUCUCCUGGGCACCUACAAGCGUUUGUAAGACUCGGCCAGACCCGGAGGGAGCCGUGUGCUGCGGAACGUCCUUCCCGACUCUCACCCAGCCCCGGCCCUGGCGGAGGGGUCCACCUUGGUGGUCUCAUCUCCCGCCAGGCUCCACCUUCAUGUCUUCUUUUGGGGGGAAAAUACUGCAAGAGUAACACCCCUCCGAACCCCAGAAAUUGCUGCUUGGAGCCAUCCACAGGCCAUGCAAAGACGUUCACCUCGAGGGCUGGUUCAGGGGUUUCCUGCCCACCCGUGACCCCCCGUCAUCCCGUCUCACUGUGAUUGUUGCCCCUUCUCAGUAUCCUCUGGUGAUUGGCCAUUGGCUGGCUUCUUUUCUUGCCUCACGGGGCCUUUCCGGGGGUGGUCUCAAACUGAGAAGCCACGGGUUGCCUUAUUUUAGAGACUGUUCUGGCCCGAAUAUGGCUGAACCAGCCCUUAGUGCCUACUUUUGUAUCUAUCUGUUCCCACUUCUGAUGACAGAAAUCUUGCCUUAUAGACUAAGGGCUGGGUUCUCGGAUUCUGUAAUUGCAGACUUUUCCUUAGCACACAAAUUCACUUUAAUUUCUUAAUUCAUUUUUGAGUACAAGGAGGGGCUAUUCACACCCACCGGAUACACAUCCACAAGGUCGUGAAGGCAUGCUGGAAGUACCGGGCUGGCUCUUAUCAUGGGUCGGCUUUCCCUCGGUUCUUUGUACCAGAUCCUCAGCCGCUUUCGUGAAUGGCUAUUUUCUCCUAGAGGAAUUGUUUGUAUUAACAGUUUUAUGACCUCCUUUUGGUCUUAACCACCUUCGGACAUAAUUUUGAAAGGAAGGUUUAUAGAACAAUCUUCCUUAACCAUAUGACUGGUAUCAUUUUCCUGUCUGCUGAUGCGUUCUCACAUUUUUAUUUUUCUUAACAGAAAAAGUAAUGGAUCCUUUCAUCCACUGCCUUUAUUUGGGUUUAGCAUGUUUCUUAAAAUCUCUAGAUGGAACUCUUAAAGCGGGGCCCCUUUGGGGUUCCUGGUGGCAUGUUUGAGAAGACGAGGGAAGGCGUGAUGGGGCAUGUCUGGGUACCAUGGUGCUGAAAAGCUUGGGGAACCUGGACUUUUCCAAGGAAUCUGGAGUCGUAUUUUUCCAAAAUGCAAUUUGUCAUAUAACAUCGGAAGACCUGAUUCCUAGGACUCAGAAACAGCAAACCAGAGUUCUCGGUUAGCUGCUGUGUCAUCUUUGAAACCAGGACAAAACCGGGUUCGACUUUCAGGAGUCCCCGUUCUGAUAAUAAAGAGGCACAGAGAUUGCAUGUGAAUAAUAUUAUAUGGAAAUCAGACCUAGAGCUGGAAUGAAAAUCUGUAUAUUGGUUGAAAACUAUAGUCAUAACCGUUGAUUUUGCUUAUUCAUUUGAUGUUUUGAAGGUUCCAGUAAUUAUUUUUGCAAUGAAUAUGGAUUACUACAUAGUCCUUUGGUGUUAUCCUGCUUUUAAAAAAAUAAACUCUGGUUCGCUCAGUG